ACAUGCUGGGUUAACAUGCUUUCUCUCACAGUAACCCUGAUGUCCUACUUUGCAGUGUCUGAGCUGAGGAUUGUCCUGCUGGGGAAGUCUGGAGGACUGAAGAGUAAAGUGGGAAAUAUCAUCCUGGGCAGAAAGGUUCUUUCAGUAAAAGAUCAGUGUGAGAGAGCAGAAGGUCUGGUGAAUGGGAGGCCUGUGGCUCUGAUCAACACUCCAGACUUACUGGACCCUGAGCUCCCUGACAGGAAAUUAUUCUAUCAGAUAGAGAGAUGCGUUACCCUGUCUGGCCCAGGUCCUCAUGCAUUUCUGCUGGUGCUGGAGAGCAGCACAUUUACAAAAGAAGAUAGAAAAAGACUAAAGAGAAUCCUGGGCUUUUUCAGUGAUCAGCCCUUUAAGUACUCAGCGCUACUGCUCCUACAGGGGAUAAAAAAAUCACAAAAGGAUCCCAUUGAGAAAGUUGUUGGGAAGUGUAGAACAUCGAAAAAAAUAGACAAGUGGGAUAACACCCUGGUUACUACACUAAUGGCGAACAUAGAGAAGAUGGUGAAAACAAAUAAUGGAGGUUUCCUCUGCUGUGAGAUGUUCAAGGAGCCAGAAUCAGCUGCACUAGGAGCGAUAGAGGGCUCUCUGAUGGGGGCUGAACAGAAGAUGGAGAGGAAGCAGAAUCCACAGGCACGGUCUAGAGAACAACAGCAAAUGGGAAAAGGAGAAAAAGUGGCUGAGGGUGACAGACUGAACUUGGUGUUGUUUGGGAGCAGCGGAACUGGGAAGACUUCUGCAGGAAACGCCAUCCUGGGACAGAGGGAGUCCAGUGUGGAUUCCAGCCCCUCUUCAGUGUGUGAGAGGAGAGAGGGAGAAGUGUGCGGUCGCCUGGUUACUGUGGUGGAAAUGCCAGCUCUGUGUGAAUCACAGCUCUCUGCAUCCACUGUGUCUCGCCUCUUUACCUCUCUCUGUGGCCCUGGAGUUCAUGCCUUCCUCCUGGUCACACCAGGUGGUCCUCUCACUGAUGAAGACAAGGUGGAAAUAACAAAGAUUCAGGAGAUAUUUGGAUCAAAAGUCACUGAUUACAUGGUGGUCCUUUUUACCCAAUUAAGUCCAGCUGCUCAGCCUGUUCUUGACUUUCUACAGCAGAAUAAAGAUACUCAGAAGCUUCUAAAGAUGUGUGGCAACAGGUUCUGUGUUUUCAACAACGGAGACAUUGUGAAUGACCCAAUAGUUCCAGAGCUUCUGAAUGAGAUAGAGGAGAUUAAUAGAGCAUCAGAAAGCUGCUUUUCCCUGGAUAUGUAUUGGGAGGCACAGCUGGAGAAGAAGGACAGGAAAAUCAGAGAAUUAGAAGAAACUAUUAAGGACAAAUCACUGGCUGCACUUGGAGCGAUAGAGGGCUCACUGAUGGGGACGGAACAGAAGAUGGAGAGGAAGCAGAAACCACAGGCACGGCCUAGAGAACAACAGCGAAUGGGAAAAGGAGAAAAAGUGGCUGAAGGUGACAGACUGAACUUGGUGUUGUUUGGGAGCAGUGGAGCUGGGAAGACUUCUGCAGGAAACGCCAUCCUGGGACAGAGCAAGUCCAGUGUGGAUCCCAGCUCCUCUUCAGUGUGUGAGAGGAGAGAGGGAGAAGUGUGCGGUCGCCUGGUUACCGUGGUGGAAAUGCCAGCUCUGUGUGAAUCACAGCUCUCUGCAUCCACUGUGUCUUGCCUCUGUGCCUCUCUCUGUGGCCCUGGAGUUCAUGCCUUCCUCAUGGUCAUACCAUCUGCUCAUCUCACUGAUGAAGACAAGGCAGAAUUAACAAAGAUUCAGGAGAUAUUUGGCUCAAGAGUCACUGAUUACAUGAUGGCCUUUUUUACCCAUGAAAGUCCAACUGCUCAACCUGUUCUUGACAUUCUGCAGCAGAAUGAAGAUACUCGGGAGCUUCUGAAGAUCUGCAGCAACAGGUUCUGUGUUUUCAACAACCAGGGCAUUGUGAAUAACCCAAUAGUUCCAAAGCUUCUGGAGGCUAUAGAGAUGAUGAAUAUAGCAACAGAAAGCUGUUUUUCCCUGGUUAUGUACUUGGAGGCACAGCUGGAGAAGGACAGAGAGCUGGAGGCCAGGAACAAGAUUGAGCUAGAGGAGAAGGACAGAAAGAUCAGAGAAUUAGAACAAAAUAUUAAGGGGACAUCACUGGGUGUUGAGUGUAAAGAUCAGAGCUCGGACUGUGUGAGGAUAGUGCUCGUGGGGAAGACAGGAAGUGGGAAAAGUGCCACAGGAAACACCAUUCUGCACAGAGAGGAGUUCAAGUCUGAGGCCAGUUCAAAAUUAGUGACGACCUGCUGUAAGAAAGGAGUAGGAGAAGUAGAUGGCAAGUGUGUUGCUGUAGUUGACACGCCGGGUCUCUUUGACACAUCAUUUACGAAUGAGGAGGUCCAGCAGGAAAUAGCCAAAUGCAUUUCCUUUUUGGCCCCAGGACCUCAUGUGUUUCUCCUAGUUCUACAAAUUGGAAGAUUCACAAAGGAGGAAGAGGAAACAUUGCAGGUCAUUAAGAAUACCUUUGGUAAAAUGGCUGAAAUGUUCACCAUGGUCUUGUUCACAAGAGGGGAUGAUCUUAAUGAAGAGUUCAUUGAAGAAUAUAUUCAAAGAGGCGACCCUUCAAUCCAAAAUCUGAUUCAAGACUGUGGAAACAGGUUUCAUGUCUUCAAUAAUGAAAACAAGGACAAUCGCACCCAAUUGUCUGAGCUGCUGAAAAAGAUAGACAUGAUGGUGGAGAAGAAUGGAGGAGGCUGCUACACCAAUGAGAUGUUCCAGGAGGCAGAAAGGACCAUAAAUAAAGAGUGUGAAAGAAUACUGAGAAAGAAAGAGGAAGAGAUGCAGAGAGAGAAAGAGGGGCUGAAGGCAAAACAUGAAGAGGAGAUUAAAAAAAUAGAGAGCAGGAUGGAAGAGCAGAGACUUAAAGAAGUGGAAGAAAGAAACCGUCGGGAAAAAGAGCUGAAAGACAAAGAAGAACAUUUAAGGAAAGAGUGCGAAGAGUGGAAAAAAAGAGAGCAGGAGGAAAAAGAAAGAAGAGAUGAGGAAGAGAAAAAGAAAAAGGAAAAACAAGAAUUAGAGUGGAUGGGGGAAAUGGAUAAGAUAGAGAAAGAGAGAACUAGAAUGAAAGAGGAGUGGAAACGUAGGGAAGAUGAGGAAAAAAAUAGGGUAGAAAGAGAGGAGAAACAGAGACAAGAGAUGAUAGAAAAACAAAUCAGAGAAAGGAAAGAAUUUGAGGAAAAGCAAGCAGAAGAAAAGAAAAAGAGAGAUAGAGAGAAGCAGGAGAGGAAAAACUGUGAGAAGAGAGAAAGAAGGGAGUGGGAACAGAAAAUGAAAGACGCAGAAAAAGAGAAAAAAGAGAUACAAGAAGAUAUGAAGAAACGAGCCGAGGAACAGCUGGAGAAGGUCCGAGAGCUGGAGGCCAGGCACAAGAUGGAGCUAGAGGAGAAGGACAGAAAGAUCAGAGAAUUAGAACAAAAUAUUAAGGGGACAUCACUGGGUGUUGAGUGUAAAGAUCAGAACUCGGACUGUGUAAGGAUAGUGCUCGUGGGGAAGACAGGAAGUGGGAAAAGUGCCACAGGAAACACCAUACUGCAGAGGGAGGAAUUCAAGUCUGAGCUCGGUUCAUCAUCAGUGACAACCUGCUGUAAGAAAGGCAUAGGAGAAGUAGCAGGCAGGCAUGUUGCUGUAGUUGACACACCAGGUCUCUUUGACACAGAAAUGACUAAUGAGAAGGUCCAGCAGAAAAUAGCCGAAUGCAUCUCCUUUUUGGCCCCAGGACCUCAUGUGUUUCUCGUGGUUGUAGAGGUUGGAAGAUUCACAAAGGAGGAGAAGGACACAUUGCAGCUCAUUCAGAGUACCUUUGGUAAAAACGCUGAAAUGUUCACCAUGGUCUUGUUCACAAAAGGGGAUGCUCUUAAAAAUGAAUCAAUUCAAAGUUACGUUGACAGGAGCAAUGCUACUGUCCAGAAUCUGAUUCAAGACUGUGGAAACAGGUUUCAUGUCUUCAAUAAUGAAGACAAGAGCAAUCGCUCCCAAGUGUCUGAGCUGCUGGAUAAGAUAGACAUGAUGGUGAAGAAGAACGGAGGUGGCUACUACACCAAUGAGAUGUUCCAGGAGGCAGAACUAACCAUUAAGAAAGAGUGUGAAAGAAUAUUGAGAGAGAAGGAGGAAGAGAUGCAGAGAGAGAAAGAACUGUUGAGGGCAAAACAUGAAGAGGAGAUGAAAAAAAUGCAGAACAGAAUGGAAGAGCAGAGACUUCAAGAAGAGAAUGAAAGAAACCGUCGGGAAAAAGAGCUGAAAGACAAAGAAGAACAUUUAAGGAAAGAGCGUGAAGAGUGGAAAAAAAGAGAGCAGGAGGAAAAAGAAAGAAGAGAUGAGGAAGAGAAAAAGAAAAAGGAAAAACAAGAAUUAGAGUGGAAGGGGGAAAUGGAUAAGAUAGAGAAAGAGAGAACUAGAAUGGAAGAGGAGUGGAAACGUAGGGAAGAUGAGGAAAAAAAGAGGGUAGAAAGAGAGGAGAAACAGAGACAAGAGAUGAUAGAAAAACAAAGCAGAGAAAGGAAAGAAUUUGAGGAAAAGCAAGCAGAAGAAAAGGAAAAGAGAGAUAGAGAGCAGAAGGAGAUGAAAAACCGUGAGAAGAAAGAAAGAAGGGAGUGGGCACAGAAAAUGAAAGAGGCAGAAAAAGAGAAAAAAGAGAUACAAGAAGACAUGAAGAAAAGAGCUGAGGAAUGGGAACAGGAAAGAAAAAUGGAACAGAUAAAGAAAGAGGAAGAAGAGAAGAAAAGGAAACAGAAAGAAGAGCAAGAGAGAAGAGAGUGGGAUGAGAAACAAAAGAAAAUGAGGGAUGAGUUUGAGAAAGAAAGGGAACAAGAAAGACAAAAGAGAGAAAAGGAAAGGAGAGGUAAAGAGGAAAUCGAGAGGGAUCUUGAAGAAAAGAAAAGGCAGUUGAAAAAACAAGAAGAGGAAUGGGACAAGGAAAGAAAUGCAGAGAGAGAGAAAAGAUAUAAAGAGGAUGAGCAGAGAAGAGAGGAUGAGAGGAAAAAGAUAGCACAGCUGCAGGAGGAAUUUGAGAGGGAACGAGAAGCAGAGAACCGGAAGAGAAAGAAGGAUGAUCAGGCCAGGAGAGAAAGAGAAGAAAAAGAACGUAAAGAAAUGGAGGAAGACUACAAAAGCAAAAUGAAAGAAAUGGAGAGGAAUUAUGAAGAAAAAGCAAGAAAACAAGCAGAGGAAUCUAAUGAUUUUAAAAAGAAAUUUAAUGACCUGGAAGAGACUUUGAAGAAGUUGAAGGAGAAACACCAAAAAGAAAUUGAUGACUUGAAAGCGAGUGGCAAUUGUGUAAUACUAUUAGAGGGAGUUUCUUUGCCGGGAGAUCUGAAAGGAAUGGAGAGCACGAAGAAAGAAAUGGCUUCUGAAGAAGAAUUGGGAGUUACAGGGGAUCUAAACACAGAGUGUUCAGAUUCAUGUGGAAGACGCAGCCCUGAAUUUGAGAAUCAAAACAUGUCUGAGCUGAGGAUUGUGCUGCUGGGGAGGUCCGGAGAACUGAAGCGUAAAGUGGGAAAUAUCAUCCUGGGGAAAGAGGAGCCCUCCUUAUUUUCAGUAACACAGCAGUGUGAGGAAGUCAAGGGACAGGUGGAUGGGAGAUACGUGACUGUGAUCAACACUCCUGACUUACUGCAUCCCCAAAUCUCUAAAGAUGAAUUAGAUGAGCAGAUUGAGUCGUGUGUCUGUCUGUCUGACCCUGGGCCCCAUGUGCUUCUGCUGGUGCUGCCGCCUGAGGGAUUUACACAGAAGGACAGAGACAGAAUGAGGUGGAUUCUGACCACUUUGGGUGAUCAGGCCUUUAACCACACAAUGGUACUGAUCACCCAUGAAAGCAAAAAAACAGAUGAUUGUAUUGAUGAACAAAAGGAUCCAAAUGAAGAUCCUAUUUUUGAAGAAUGCAGAGGACGGCAUUACAUGUUCAGCAACAUAGACAAGACUGACCACACCCAGAAGAAUGAAUUUAUGGAAAAAAUGUACAUGGUAGUUGAGGAAAAUAAAAGCAGAUACCUCACCUGUGAGAUAUAUAAGGAGGUAGAAGAAGGUACUACAUCAACACCAGAGGAAUCAAUGACAGGACAUGAGCAAGAUACAGAGAGAGAGAAUAAAUCACAGGCCUUGUCUGUAGAAGAUCAGAAAGCACAGGAAGAAAAAUCAGACAUUUUCAUGGCUGUGGGUGACAGACUGAACUUGGUGUUGUUUGGGAGCAGUGGAGCUGGGAAGACUUCUGCAAUAAACGCCAUCCUGGGACAGAGGGAGUCCAGUGUGGAUUCCAGCCCUUCUUCAGUGUGUGAGAGGAGAGAGGGAGAAGUGUGCGGUCGCCUGGUUACCUUGGUGGAAAUGCCAGCUCUGUGUGAAUCACAGCUCUCUGCAUCCACUGUGUCUCGCCUCUGUGCCUCUCUCUGUGGCCCUGGAGUUCAUGCCUUCCUCCUGGUCAUACCAGCUGCUCCCCUCACUGAUGAAGACAAGGCAGAAAUGACCAGGAUUCAGGAGAUAUUUGGCUCAAGAGUGACUGAUUACAUGAUGGUCCUUUUUACCCAUGAACAUCCAGAUGCUCAACCUGUUCGUGACUUUCUGCAGCAACAUAAAGAUACUCGGGAGCUUCUGGAGAUGUGUGGCGACAGGUUCUUUGUUUUCAGUCAGGACAUUGUAAAGAACCCAGUAGUUCCAGAGCUUCUAAAGGUUAUAGAGAAGAUGAAUAGAGCAAGAGAAAGUUGCUUUUCCUUGGAUAUGUACUUGGAGGCACAGCUGGAGAAGUUCAGAGAGCUGGAGGCCAUGUACAAGACUAAGCUAGAGGAGCAGUACAAGAGGAUCAGAGAAUUAGAAGAAAACAUUAUGGGCACAUCACUAGGUGGUGAGGUUAAAGAUCAGAGCUCAGAAUGUCUGAGGAUAGUGCUCAUGGGGAAGACAGGAAGUGGGAAAAGUGCCACAGGAAACACCAUACUGCAGAGGGAGGAGUUCAAGUCUGAGCCCAGAUCAACAUCAGUGACGACCUGCUGUCAGAAAGGAGUAGGGGAAGUAAAUGGCAGGCGUGUUGCUGUAGUUGACACACCAGGUCUCUUCGACACAUCACUUACGAAUGAUCAAGUCCAGCAGGAAAUAGCCAAAUGCAUCUCCUUUUUGGCCCCAGGACCUCAUGUGUUUCUCCUAGUUCUACAGGUUGGAAGAUUAACAAAGGAGGAGAAGGACACAUUGCAGCUCAUUAAGAGUACCUUUGGUAAAAACGCUGAAAUGUUCACCAUAGUCAUAUUCACAAGAGGAGAUGAUCUUAAAAAUGAUUCAAUUGAAAAAUACAUUCACAAUGGUGAUCCAACAAUACAAAAUCUUAUUCAAGACUGUGGAAACAGGUUUCAUGUCUUCAAUAAUAAAGACAAGAGCAAUCGCACCCAAGUGUUUGAGCUGCUGGAUAAGAUAGACAUGAUGGUGAAGAAGAAUGGAGGAGGCUGCUACACCAAUGAGAUGUUCCAGGAGGCAGAAAGGACCAUAAAUAAAGAGUGUGAAAGAAUACUGAGAAAGAAAGAGGAAGAGAUGCAGAGAGAGAAAGAGGUGCUGGAGGCAAAACAUGAAGAGGAGAUGAAAGAGAUGAGGAGGAGGAUAGACGAGCAGAGAAUUAAAGUUGAGGAAGAAAGAAACUGUAGGGAAAAAGAGCUAAAAGAAAAAGAAGAACAUGUAAGGAAAGAGCGUGAAGAGUGGAUGAAAAGAGAGCAGGAGGAAAAAGAAAGAAGAGAAGAGGAAGACAAAAAGAAAAAAGAAAGUCAAGAAUUAGAAUGGAUGAGCAAAAUGAACUACAUAGAGGAAGAGAAAAAAAGAAUGACAGAGGAAUGGAAACGUAAGGAAGAGGAAGAGAAGGAAAGGUUUGAAAGAGUGGAGAAUCAGAGGCAAGCGCUGAUAGAAAAACAAAGAAUAAAAAAUGUAGAAUUUGAAGAAAAGCAAGCAGAAGAAAAGAAAGAGAGAGAUAGAGAGGAGCAGAAGAGGAAACAAGCUGAAGAGGAAGAAAGGAGGAAGUGGGAACAUAAAAUUAAAGAGGCAGAGAAAGAGAAAGACGAGGUACAGGAAGAGAUGAAGAAAAGAGCUGAGGAAUGGGAACUGCAAACAGAAAAGGAACGGAAGGAGAUGGAGAUGAAAAGGAAACAGAAAGAAGACCAAGAAAGGAGAGAGCGGGAUGAGGAACAAAAGAAAAUAAGGGAUGAGUUUGAAAAAGUAUUGCAGCAAGAAAGACAAAGGAGAGAAAAGGAAAGUAGAGAAAAAGAGGAAAUGGAGAGGGAUCUUGAAGAAAAGAAAAAGCAGUUGAGAAAACAACAAGAGGAAUGGGACAAUGAAAGAGAAAAGGAAAGAGAGAAAAAACAUAAAGAGCAUGAGCAGAGAAGAGAGGAGGAAAGAAAAAGGCUGGUAAGGCUGCAGGAGGAUUUUGAGAGGGAACGAGAAGAAGAAUACCAGAAGAGAAAGAAGGAAGAUCAGGCCAGGAGAGAAAAAGAAGAAAAAGAACAUAAAGAAAUGGAGGAACACUAUAAAAGGAAAAUGGAAGAAAUGAAGAGGAAAUAUGAAGAAGAUGCUAGAAAACAAGCUGAGGAAUUUAAUGACUUUAAAGAGAAAUACAGAAGAGAGUUUUUGGCCUUAAGCUUAAAACAUGAUAAUGAGUUAUUCAGGCUAAAAGAAGAGCAUCAGAAGCAGACUGCUCUCGAAACUGAACUUUAUAAAUUUAAUGAGAAAUCCUUGAAAGAGAAAAUGGAGCAGUUACAUGAGAAACAACAAAAAGAAAUUGAUGAGCUGAAAGCAAAAUGUGAAAGUUUAUGUGUAAUACUGUAAUUCUGUAACAGGCAUGCUUUCCUUUGGUAGGCAACAUACCAUUUUUAGGCAGGGAUAAUUCUCCAUUUAUAUUGACCAUGCAAAACAAGAUACAUAAUGUAUACCUGUAUAAUAUUUUAUUUUCUGCAGAAAGAGCCCAGCACCUACACAUAGCAAACUGGAUAUAUUUGAACUGGGGGAUAAGGGCCGUGCCUUCUCCUUAUAAUCAAAAAGCACUAAUGCAUGAUUGGUUUACUAACAACAUGAAUAAUUAUAAAUCUGAUUGGUAAAUGAUGCAUUCAUAAGAAUAUAGUAAAUUCAACAAGGUAAAUGAUUAGCUAUGUCUAACACGUAUCAUGAAUGCUGAAUAAGCACGCAAGCACGGUAUAGAAUUCUCUAGGUCUACACAAACAUGCUCAAAAUCAGGAACCAGCAUUUAUUCUUUAUGUAACGUGUUUUGGGGUAUUGUAGGGAACAUGGCCUCAGACGUGGUUCCUCCUGGUAUAGCAGCGGGGGUGGGGGGGGGGGAGUGAAAGCGAGAGAGACACACACACCCAUACACACACUGUAUCUCCUGUCACACCAAGCAAUGCCUUGUUAAUCUUGGGAAGCUUGGUGCCUGGAGAGCCAGAGGCCCCAGUGGAAGUACAUACAUUAGUUUUAAUAAAGAUAUUCUCCACCCUUCACCAUUACUCAAGUGUAGGUAAAGAUCUUGAUGUGGAAUGUACCAUUUGGACAGAAAACUGGCUUUCAGAACAUGAAUAUCAGAGACAAUUUUAAAAUGAAUACUUUUCCCGCUCUUCCCACUUUUGAAUGGCUAGUCAUGCCCAUUACGAAACGAAAACUAGAAAUGAAGGGCAUUUUUGCUGGAACAAAAAAUUAAAAAUGAAAAUAAAAUCAGCAUUAGCUACUGUACAUUAGCAUAAACUUUAAGUUAAAAUUUAGGUAACUGUUAAUAAAGUGUCCAAGAUUGCCUUCAAUUAAACUAAUCUUUUUGUGUUAUUGUGGGUGAAAUUUUUCAAAAUAUUUAUGUUUUGUUAUUCAAUGAAUGUGCAUGUAUUAACUGAAUUCUUCUCUACUAUUUUUUUUAAACCACAGGUGGCCUAUUGCUUUUGGCCUGCACUCUAUGCUUUACCAUUUUAAAGAAACAGUUGUUUUUGUGUGGAGUCCCCCCAUUUUCAGCUGUGCAAAAUUAAGUUGAUGGAUGAUUUUGAAAGGAAAUUUAAGCAAUAAAGUCUUUUAUUUGUUUAAA